AUGAACUAUUCAAAAGAACCGAUUCGCGAGUCUGACUCUCUAUCAUCACAACACGUGUGACCAGUCCUUUAACGCUCAUGCAGCCAAUCAGACGAGCUCCUGCGUGUCAUGUGAUUAUUUCAGGAAGAAACGCUGGCGCUGCAAGCAAGAUAUUUGAGAGUUGCAUUAUAGAUAGCUGCAAAUUCUGACAAGAAAAGUAUUAUUUUAUUAAAAAUAUAUUGAGUAAUAAAAGAAGGGACAUAGUUAAAUGUCAAAAGAGUUGUGUUGUGCUCCCGACCAGCGCUGUGCAUGAACGAUGAUACUGGAGCUGACUUCCUGUUGCCAUGGAGAUUAGAGGAGUGUGUGGAUGGAGGUGGAGUUGGUGUAGUGGAGGCCAGCAAGAAUCAGGCUUUAUCUGUGGGUGCUAUUGUCACCUCCUUCAACUGGCCUUGGCAAACCUAAAGUGUGACGGACGGCAGCCUUUUGCAAGAGGUUGACCCAGAGAUGGCAGACGGUCACCUGUCAUAUGUUCUAGGAGCGGUGGGCAUGCCAGGUCUCACUGCUCUUUUAGGUGUGAGAGAGAAGGGUCAUGUGACUCCAGGAACCCACCAGACGAUGGUCAUCAGUGGAGCAGCUGGAGCUUGUGGACGGAUUGCUGGACAGAUCGGCAGAUUGGGUGGCUGUGAGAGAGUCGUGGGUAAAUGCCAGACCUUGGUAACAGAGCUGGGUUUUCCAGCAGGGAUAAACUACAAAAAAGGAGAUAUCAGCUCAGCGCUGAGGGAGCACUGCCCCACAGGUAUUGAUGUAUACUUUGACAAUGUAGGUGGUCCAAUCAGCGAUGCUGUUAUAUCACAGAUGAAUCCAGGUGGUCAUGUGAUCUUGUGCGGCCAAAUAUCACAGUACAAUAAGGAUCUUCCUUACCCUCCUCCUCUUAGUGUGGAUACCCAAGAAACUUUGCGUCACAAAAACAUCACAAGGGAGAGAUUUGUUGUAUUGAACUACAUGGAGAAGCAUGAAGAAGGUCUUAUGCAUCUCAGUCACUGGGUGAAGACCACAGUCAUGUUUCUUCACAUGAAGGACGCCACAAACUUUUUGGACAUUGUAUCUCUCCUUUUCAUUUUACAGGUGUUGGAAACAGUUGUGAAUGGUUUAGAAAACAUGGGAGAUGUAUGCAGUAUGCAUAUUUCAGAGGCGUUCUGCUCCAUGAUGACUGGAGGCAACAUAGGUAAACAAGUUGUCAAAAUUUCAGACUGAGUCAAACGUCUGCAUCAGGAGGUGGAGGUGGUGCAGUCAUUAUACAUCUGAGCUGGUAACCGAAAGGUUACCAAAAAGGUCUCUCAAAUAGACAUUUGAAGUUUCUCCAGUGGGAUGGUCCCUUUAAGUGUGCCGUAAGUCAUUUUAGAUAAAGGCAUCAGCUAAAUUGACCUAACAUGUUUAAAUAAAAUGAAAUUAAAAUGAAUUUAAUAAUGUUUGUGUUGCUCUGAAGUGUCAAUUUUAAAAUAAAUUCAGUAAUGUACAGAUAGUACAAAGCACUGCUUGAGGUUUGACACUGAAAAUGCACAUAAAUAGUUUGUUUAUAAAUGUUUUUGAAAGAAUUCCCUUAUGUUCACCAAGGCUGCAUUUAUUUGAUCAAAAAUACAGUAAAAACAGUGUGAAAAGCUGAUUUUUCAGCAUCAUUACUCCAGU